GAGUCCCCCAUCACAAACACCAGCCCGGCGAGAAUGAAAACUUCGAUACCUUUUGAUGGGAUGUUCUUCAAGAUGAAGAACGUCCCACAUCCAACACUAGCUCUCUGGGCUAUCCUCUCUAUCCUGCUCUUCUCCAGGCCCUUUCAGGUAGCUUCUCAAUCUCCUCCAGUACCCCUCUCAAACCCUAGACUCCAAAAGGCUUAUACUGCUCUCCAGGCAUUGAAACACCUUAUCACUUCUGAUCCCAAGAACUUUACCUCAGACUGGUGUGGCCCAAACGUCUGCAACUACACUGGCGUCUACUGUGCACCAGCCCCCGACGACCCUCACACCAUAACGGUGGCUGGAAUAGACCUAAACCACGCCGAUAUAGCCGGUUCACUGCCUGAAGAGCUUGGCCUCUUGGCCGACCUUGCCCUCUUUCAUAUUAACUCCAAUCGCUUCUGUGGAACUAUCCCUAACAGCUUUAGCAGCCUUCGUCUUCUCCAUGAACUUGAUAUCAGUAAUAACCAAUUUUCUGGGUCAUUCCCUUCGGUUCUUCUUUGCCUGCCUUCCCUCAAAUACCUUGAUAUCCGAUUCAAUCAAUACCACGGCGACAUUCCCGCCCGUCUUUUCGACUUGAAACUCGACGCUUUGUUCAUUAACAACAACAAGUUUCAAUCAUCAUUACCAAAAAACAUCGGUAACUCCACGGUUUCGGUACUUGUUUUGGCGAAUAACGAUCUUAAAGGUUGCCUGCCUGCGAGUUUCUUGAACCUGAAGGAUACCUUGAAUGAGAUUAUCCUAAUGAAUAGUGGAUUGACUGGGUGUCUACCCUCAGAAAUAGGAAUUUUAAACAGGGUGACAGUGUUUGAUGUGAGCUUCAACAGGUUGGUUGGUCCUUUGCCGGAAUCAAUGGGGAAGAUGAAGAGCUUGGAGCAGUUGAAUGUGGCGCACAACAAAUUGUCCGGUGAGAUUCCCGCGAGUAUAUGCUCCUUGCCUAAACUGGAGAACUUCACGUAUUCAUAUAACUAUCUCUGUGGUGAACCUCCGGUGUGCCUGAAGCUGCCGGAGAAGAAUGACAUAAGGAAUUGCAUUCCGGAUAGGCCGUUGCAGAGGCCACAUGAGGAAUGUGCCUCUUUCUAUGCGCAUCCAGUUGAUUGUGGUGCCUUUGGCUGCUCGGCUAGACGUCCGCCGCCGCCUCCUCCUCCACCUCCUCCUCCACCUCCACCUCCACCUCCACCUCCACCACCACCUCCACCUCCACCUCCACCUCCACCUCCACCUCCACCUCCACCUCCACCACCACCACCACCUCCACCUCCACCCCCACCCCCACCACCAAAACAGCGGCACAACAGGCACCUACCGCCGCCCGUGCAUCACAAUUAAUCGUCCUCGACCAGCAUUGACAUAUAUAAUCGUCCAUAGAUAUAAGUUUCAUUUUCAUACAUAUAUGUUUCCUGAUCAACAAGAAUUCUCAGUUUCUUCUUUUCAUUUUCAUUUUGAUCUCUUCUUCCUGCAUGAUCAUUAUAAAUAUAUAUUGGAGUUACACAGUAGUAUGUGCAAUGGCCUGCCGGCGCCUUAAUUUAGUACCAA